UCGGGCGACAACGGUGAACAUUGAUGAAGGAAAUUGAGUGAAAAUGAGAGUAUUUAAGACAAUUUUAAUGAGGUAAAUAGCCGCCAGUAACACCUGAGAGCCGCUGAGACAUUAUGAGUGUGUGUGGGGUGAUUGUCUCUCUGGGAAGGAAAGAAAAGGAUGUGAGAGAAGUAUUUUCCUCAUACUGUGGAUACGCUUUGGACCAUUUCCAGAUGAAUGAGGUUACGUUUUGGUUAAUGUCGGGAAAUUCUGCUAACUUCAAGAGCCGUGGCUGAGUUGAGUCAGUGAUGUACAAGUGUGAAGUACAGUACAGAGCAUUACUGUAUUGACAUGAGUUGGCUGUGUAAUGCUUCAUCUCAAGAGUAGAUACUCUCAUUUCACUGUCCAAACCCACAUAAGCCAACAUGGACAAGAUUGUGUACAGCAUUAUUCACAUGCCAAACCAGCCAGAAAAUGUCAAAAGGACACUGCUGGUCAAAUUGGUCCAUACACCCAAUUUGAAGAGCACCCGAACUUUGGAGAAAGCAGAUAUAACCUCCAUUUUUGACACUUGUGUGAGCAUCCUAACAUCAUCAGAAAAUGAGGUGACUGCUCAGCUGGCAGUGUUUGCCUUCACAAACUGGGCAGGACAGUACAAGAUCCACCUGAAGGAGUACAUUACACCUGAACGAGUGACCAGUAUCCUUGCCAGUCAAACUAAUGCCACUUUGGUCCUGGUAUGGCUGAAGGAAGCUCUGUGUCAUUUGACAGAAGAUGCAGAUACCAUGGGCACAUUGGCUCCAGUCUUGGAGGGAGUUUUACAAAACAAGUUGCGGGAGAGUGGAGGCAGUUCUGCAUUUGUUGCCAAGCUUGCAGAACUUUAUGCAGUGUGUCCUGCAAUCCUGCCUCAACCACACACUCGCCUCACCUUCACUGUCACUCUCAUGAACUGUGUUGCCUCAUUCCCAACACCAACAAAAACAGAGGUGUUGGGUCACAUGAAGAGUGUGGGGUGUCUUGUCAACACACUGUGGAAUGGCCUGCGACUUGAGGACAUCUUGUACUCCCUCCAUGCCAUGUAUGCCAUCAUAUCCAACACAGAUGGAGGAUCAGAAGUAUGUCCUGCUAUGGCACACUUGCUCUCUCUUGUUCCCACUGUGGUGGUCGAGGGCCUUGCACCUCGUAUUGUGUCGGAUCCCACAACAACUGAUGCUGCUCUGACUGCAACUCUGACACGCCUUACUGCGUGGCUAGUGGCUUGGCCUACAGCCUAUACAACUUUGGGUCUGUGGGUUCGCACCCUGGUCAGGUUGUUGUAUCAGAGUGGACGUACUGCUGUGCCAGCACGUGUUACGUUGGAUAGAGUUCCAAAGUUGUUGAAUAACCUGCACAUCCCUGUGGUCCGCACUGGAGUUUUGUCCGUGAUAUCAACACUCCUCUUGUCAUUUCAACACUCGCCAAUAGCCUUUCAUAAGAGCAUUCCGUCUGUAAUUGAGGUGUUUGGUCGGCUUGAGAGAGAGGGAUCAGCAUCUGCUACUGCAACACUGAACCGUUUGGCCACCUUGUGCCACACCCUUAUUGCUCUGCAUCCUGGCCAUCCAGAUACAUAUCAGUCACUGAUGGACAUUCUUCUGAAAUACCAAUCUCCGUCCGAAGAAGACAUACAGGGUUUGAUCCAGGAACACCAAUGGGGUACCAUGGAGGGAGGGGCUCGAGGGAUAGGGCCAAAUCAGUUUGGGAUUGGAGUAGCUGCUGAGACACCCACAGUAUAUCAACAAAGACCUGCUGGCCAGAGAGUUGGUCUUCGUAAUCUUGGAAAUACUUGUUACAUGAAUUCGGUCAUACAGGCUCUUUUCAUGACAGAUAGCUUCCGGCAUGGGAUCCUGCACGCUGUACCACGCAGCAACCAACAACUUCUGGUGCAGCUGCAGCAACUAUUCAGUUUGCUGUGCUUUACCCAUCGCACGUAUGUGCCCCCUCGUCAGUUUCACGACAAGUCACGGCCACCAUGGUUCAGUCCAGGCAUGCAGCAAGACUGCUCAGAAUAUCUCAGACACUUAAUGAUAACCCUACACGAAGAGGAGCGAGCAGGCCAGACCCUGCCUGAAUACCGGGAGAGAGUGAUCAUCGAGAGUGAGACUGCUAGCUUGGCCUCGGACCUCCAGCCUCUACCGUAUGACUCUGCAACUGAAGAUUUUGUUGACACCGAGCAGACGCUCAAACUUGAGGCAUGUGGGGAAACUCGAGGUGUUUUCAUUAAUCCUGGGAACCUGCCAAGAGAAGAAUUUAAUGUGGGAAAUAACUUUGUGUUUGGAGACUCAGGUAGGCAGGUGGAUCCAUUGAAAGAUACUCAGAAUGUAGACAAUAAGAAAUUUGAUGUUGCCAUUCAUGUGAGACAGUUUAAAGAAUAUUUGGAAGGAGAACCAAUGGAAGGAAUUGAUCAGAUUGAGAUCAAGGCUCUCAGUACUCAGACUAGCAAAAGGAAAGUGUUGCCAGAGUGUACAGAUGUAGACAUGACAGAUGAAACUAAUGAGCCACUAAAGUGUGUUAGGGAAACGUGUGACUUGAAUUUAGAAAAUUCAUCAGAAAAUAAAAAUACUGCAAUUGUUGCAACAGCUCACGGCAUUGAAGGUGGAUCAGAUGUGGUAGAAAUGGAGCUUAUCCCAGAAAAUGUUGCCAAGACAAGCAACUGUAAACGGAAACAUAACAUGACACCAGAUGGAGUACACAGGCAAAUGUUAAAAUCUCCCAAAGGGGAUGUAACAUCAGACAUAGACAACAGCUCAGAUAGUGGUAUCAGUGGUGACCUGGCAGAGGACAUUGAACUGCACAUCAGCAGUCCUAACCCAAGUAGCCCCAGCCCAAAAGAAAUAAUCACAAGCAACAGAGGUUUGACAAUUGAGGAAGUAGUGACAGAAACUUCUAAUAACGAGGACUCUGAAAAUGAAUAUUUUGUUAGUUUAGUUCAUAAAGUAUUUGGAGGAAAGUUAGCAACUUGUAUCAAGUGCCUACAGUGUAAAACUGAGUCCAUACACAAAGAUGUCUUUACUGAUAUACACUUAGCGUUCCAAGACUCUGACCGUUAUAAUGCUGCUAAUAUUAUCAGACGAAAUCCAGAUCGUCUAUGUAAACAAAAGCAUCAAGAGAAUGCAGCUGAUCUUAGCAUAGAAGACUUGAUCACCAGCUACCUGACCUCUGAGAGGUUGACUGGAGAGAAUCAGUACGAAUGUGAGAGGUGUGGGGGGAAACAGGAUGCUGAGCGGUCCAUUCAGAUACUGGAGCCCCCAGAACACCUUAUUCUUACUCAACUCAGGUUUUAUUAUGACACUGCCAGAGGCCAACGGCAAAAAGUAUUCACCAAUGUAGAUUUUGGAGAGGAGCUUUUGCUGCCCAUAAGGUACUCAACACAGGGCUUUUUAGAUGAUAACUUCACCAUUGGGUCUGAGGAAGGAGGUGCAGUAGGUGUAACUGAGGUGUCUACUAGUGGUGAUGAAAGCAGGAGGCCUCCUGCAGAAUUUUCAAAGACAAGUAAACAUAGUCCACAAUCAAAUUGUAACCCACCAAGUGACAUUAAUGUUGGAGCUGGUUGUAGCACCUCUGAUGAUCACAGCUCACACUGUUGUAAAAAUGCCAUCUAUGGGAUUCGUUCCCGGGCUAGUUUGAGUACACACAGUGAGAAAGGUGAAGAGGCAUCCUGUAGUGCACAUAAUGAAAGUGAUGUUCAUAUCAGGUGUGUCAGUUCAGAGGCAGGAUGCAGCAGCUCACAGGUCAGCUGCAGUAGUUCUCAAGUAACCUGCAGCAGUAGUUCUCAAGUAACCUGCAGCAGUUCACAGAUGAAAUGCAGUAGUGAAAAUGCACAGUCCAGCUGCAGUAAUAUGCAAGUCAGCAGCAGCAGUUCCCAAGCAAGCUGUAGCAGUUCACAUGAUAACAGCAGCAGUUUACAAGCUACAAGUAACAGUUCACAGGCAGGCUGUAGUAAUAGGCAAACUACAAACAACACCUCUCAGGAAAAUUUUAGCAUUUCGGAGGAACGUAGUAACAUUUCAGCUGCUGGCGGUAGCAGUUGUCAUAAUAUCAGCACCAGUUCACAAGCUGCCUCCAGCAUUCCACAGGCUACCAGCAGUAGUCUGCAUGACUCUAAUACAUGGUAUAGUUCUUGGUCUAAAGACAGCUCUCACAAGGGAAGCAGCUCAUACAGUAGUUCACAGCCAACCUACACUACAGAUUUUAGUUCAGUGGCUAGUUGUAGCUACACUUGUAAUGACACUUCAAGGACCCAUUUCAUUGACACUGUGGUAGACGAUUCACAAUUGUCUGGUGAUGGCAGUUUACCGUGUGAAGACCAAGAAUCUGGUCAGCAAAGUCCUCAGCCAAGUUGUAGUUAUUAUACUUCCACAUCAGACCUACAAAAAGAAGUUCCUAUGCAAUAUCCAGCUAGCUCAGGAUCAUCAGAUUGCAUGACUCCCAAAGAUGAAUGUGAAGAAGAGCAAGAGGUGACAUAUGCACGCUAUGCGCUCUACGGGGUGGUGGUGCACUCAGGCUUCUCGUCAGAAGGAGGACACUACUACUGCUAUGCUCGUAACUCCUCCAUUGCUUCUUUGCCCGAGUCAGCUCGAGAAAGGUAUGGUGCACUGGGUGGCUGGUACAACUUCAAUGAUGAGAGGGUCACCAACACCACCUUCUCCACCAUCACCAACCUUACUCGGACGUUCAGCCGUGACACCGCAUAUCAACUCUUUUACAAAAAGCUAAGUGAUCGGCUGACCCCGGAUGUACCCCUGAUGGAAGACUUCAAAUCCAUCCGUCUGGACUUGAGAGAAGCUGUCGAGAAUGAUAACCUUCAGUAUCGCAGUGACCAGGAUCGUGAGGCACAACGUCGGAGGUACCAGGUGUCAGGUGGAGCCCACUUCACUCAUGACUCUGAUCAUGAUGAUACGCCUCCACCCGGUGGCUGUGGAGUAGGGCCAGGUGGAGGUGGAUUUAACACUCCUUCUAGAGUUGUGUUUUAAGUACUUUCAUGUACAGGAGGACAGAACAAAAAACCUUGAUAACCAAUUGUGUUCAGAUUGGCAGGGUUAUCUGUGAAGGUGUGAAGUGGGGUGCCCUGGGCUGCUAGUUAAGUGGCACAUAUAUUAAGUCCCAUUUGUUUUAGAAUAGGGCUUGUGUAAUGGAAAAGCAACCCCAGCAUCUGGGAGCUUAGGAUGAUGUAUUGAAUUAGCACUUUACAGAAUGGAGAAGCUGACAGUGUUAAAAGGUGCAGUAUGGCACGAUAAUGGUAUGAUAGCAUCACUAUGCCAACACACAGCACACCAAAUUUAGAAGAGCUGCUGGUCAUCAGUUACUUCUUAUUAAUCUACAUAGAAUUAGUGAAUUAGCAUUUCUUAAAUGUGGCAGCCCUGUUUUAUAACAAUUUGCUUCUCAUGUUUCAAAUUAAACCUCAGUUGUUGUAGUUGCAAGAAACUACUAUCUCUUGAUUGAGGCAGUGUGAUCAUGGGUUAUUUAAUGAUGAUAGUGAGGAAGUAUCAUUAUUGUUUCUACGAGGAAAGAGGUUUCAUUUUUACUACUUAUGUACUUAUUAUUUAUUUAGAAUCAUCAUUUUAUGAAUAUACAUUUAUUUGGAUCCAAAUUAUCUGCAAGUGAAUACAUUAAACCUACCUUGAACAUUAGGGUGUGAAGUUCACUUGUACUUUUCAAACAGUUGCAAUAUGGCUUGUGUUAGGUAGAUUUAUAGUUGUUGGUCGUGUGAGUUGUUACUCUUUAUAAUAUGACCUGAAAUGCAAAGCACCUUUGUUGACCUCACAAACGAGAAGGGUCUCAGAUCUGCACAGUCAAGUUACACUUGGUAACGAUCAUAUCUGCACUUUAUAUAAAUAUAUUUUAUAAUUUCAAGAUAAUAUUAGGAGAUUCAUUACUUAUAGGAUAUUGUUAUUGUUGUGUUGUGUACAGUAUGACACGUGUUAUCUCUCUCAGCUGGUGAUGACUUAUUAGUGAUGUGACCUUUAUGUAUUCCUCUUGUAAUAUUCUUUGACAAAGUUUUUUAUUUUUAUAUUUUUUUUAGGUUUUCUCCAAGGAAUUUGAUCAGACUGUCGAAGAGUCUUCCUCUGUGUGUAAUCCUGUCUUGUCAAGUCAUGUUUUCUCAUGUAUUUUCUGAACAUUUUAUUUUUUAUAUUUUAUCUUUAGUAUUACCUUAUACAGUACUCAUAAUCAUCCAAAAUUACAUUAGCAAUUAUUAGUUAUGUAUAAGUAGUUGGUUUUGGAAGGUCUAGUCAACCAAAAGAGAUUACAAUUACAGUACUUCAUAUUCACCUUUAUAUAUGAUGCUCAUGGAUAACCACUAAAGUUUAACAGGUGCUCAAGGAUAUUGUUGCUGAGAUUGUUGAAAGUUUUGAGUUCUCCUUCAAAUGCUUAUGGUGUUACACUCGAGGUUCAUAGGUGGUACUGUAUAUACGGUAUAUGUGUGUGUGUGCAUGCAUGUGCAUAUGUGUGUGUGUGGAUGCAUGUGCACACACUACCCUUGACCUCUAAAAUGACCCCUCAAAAGAUUUUGCUUGUAUUAUCCACAGAGAAAAAUGGGUAAAAGUUUUCAGUAAAUGUAUAAGUCAUAUAACAAGGGCUUGUGUCUUAUGUUACCAACAAGUCACACAAGUUUAAGGGAGCACUACAGUAUGAUCUGGUAUUGCUGGUGUAGUAAGAAGAAAUAUACAGUACAGUACAUCCAAAUUUUUAUGAAAAGAAUAAGAGCUGCUUGCAGUAGCCACUCUUCUUGAAGUUCUUGAUAAUUCUGGUAAUUUCUUAAUAUUUCUAUAAUAUGUUGCAUAUACAGUACAGUAGUUCACUUUGAGUAAUUAUAGAUGGGUGUAUACAUAUAAAUGGAACUUUUUUUUUUAAUGGGCCUGAUAUCAGUGUACAUGAUGGUUGACUUACUUUUUGUAAUUUUUGAGCAAGGAAAGUUUGAUCUGUAUAUUCAAGCAUACUGUUUACUGUACAAUUAUUAUAUUUAUAUUUUCUCUUAUGUUCCAGUGUAUUCUAUGGUAGAUAACAUCGGGUUUAUGUGACAAGAGGAAAAAGUAAAGACUAUUCAGGAAAAAAAGGUUAUGAUGUAUGUACACUAUACUGUACUUAUGUUUAGGGAACAUACAUUUUAUUUACAUUAUUUCAGAUACAGAAACUUGUAGAGCAUUAAGCAUUCGUGCUAUGAAUUAAAUUUUAUUGUUAGUUGAAGGAAAGGAUAAAAAUUUUGCCAUUACAGUGUAACCCCGCUUUACGCGGUCAAUUGAACCCACGGAGGCCCGCAUAAAGCGGGAAACGCGUAAAGUGAACAACAGAACAUAUGAGAUCAAUUGAAAUAGAGACUGGGCUGACCCCCAAACUCCACUU